UGCGUCGUUUUGAAAACAACAAAAAGAGCUGUGAUUCAGAAUUUUAAAUACUUAAGAUAGUCUUAUUAAUGACAUUUCCCUUCGGUUUACAGGAAACAAAGGAAGCACAAAUAGGCAGAUGUGUGAACGUUUGUUUCAAAAUCUUUAUUAGUUGUGUCGGACAUCACUAAAAACAACAAUGUUGUGGCUUCUUGUACUAACACUGGCGGCUGUUGCCUUAGUAUAUCAGUAUUUAACAUUGAAACUUUCAUAUUGGGAGAAUAAAAGUGUGCCUUACAUUAAGCCACAGUUGCCAUUUGGUAAUAUCGAAGGAAUCGGACGGAAAAUCCAUUCAUCACAACUGAUGCGCAAUUUCUACAACGAAAUGAAGGGCAAAGGACCAUUCGGUGGUAUUUAUUUCUUCAUCAAACCUGUGGCUCUGGCAUUAGACUUGGAUUUUGUAAAAAAUGUUCUGAUCAAAGACUUUGCCUAUUUUCAUGAUCGAGGUGUUUAUUUCAACGAAAGGGACGAUCCACUGUCGGCUCAUUUAUUUUCCCUGGAAGGAACGAAAUGGAAGCAUCUUCGAUCGAGACUUACACCAACGUUUACGUUAACGAAAAUGAAAUUCAUGUUUCCUACAAUUGUGGAAGUAGCUGGCGAGUUUCAGAAGUGUUUGUCUGACAUGGUAAAUGAUAGCAACGAGUUAGAAGUACAGGAUAUACUCGCCAGAUUUACAACGGAUGUAAUUGGAACUUGUGCGUUUGGAAUAAAUUGCAACAGCUUGAAGGACUCCAAUUCCGAGUUUCGACUAAAGGGAAAGAAAGUUUUCGAAGUUGGUCGGCAACGAGCUAUUAAACAAAUGUUUAUGUCGUCCUUCAGAGACUUGGCUCGUUCGUUACGUAUGAAACUGCUUCACGAUGAUGUAUCCACUUUCUUUAUGAACAUCGUCGAGGAAACAGUCAAAUAUCGCGAGGAAAACAACGUGAAACGGAACGAUUUCAUGGAUCUACUGAUUCAGUUGAAAAACUCGGGCUACAUCGAUGGCGAUAAUGUUGGUCAGGUGACAUUACAAGAAAUCGCAGCUCAGGCAUUCGUGUUCUUUCUCGCCGGUUUCGAAACAUCGUCAACUACAAUGGCUUAUUGCUUGUACGAGUUGUCGCUAAGUCAGGAUAUUCAAUCAAGGGCCAGAAAGGAGAUUGAUGAUGUACUGACGAAAUAUAAUGGAGAGUUCACCUACGAUGCUAUGAAAGAGAUGCAUUACGUCAAUCAAAUUAUUAAUGAAUCUCUUCGGAAGUAUCCUCCAGGUGCAGGUAUUAUUAGAGCUGUGACUAAGGACUAUGCUGUACCUGGAACAAAUCACUUACUUUCAAAAGGCACUCUCGUUUGGAUACCAGUAUAUGCAAUCCAUCACGAUCCAGACAUUUACCCAGAUCCAGAUGUCUUUGAUCCAGAUCGGUUUCAUCCCGAAGAAGUCCAAAGACGACAUUCACAGUCAUUUUUAGCUUUCGGUCAGGGACCUCGGAAUUGUAUUGGUCUUCAUUUUGGAAUGUUACAAACACGCAUCGGUUUAGUAACUUUAAUUCGCAAUUUUGAGAUUACUACCUGUGCGAAAACAGUUGUUCCGCUUAAAUUUUCCACACGUAAAUUUGUGCUGUCCCCUGAAGGGGGUUUAUGGCUACGGUUGAAAAAAAUUGAGAGAUGAAAUUGAUAGAAAUUGUGUUUAGGGAAUAUCUGGCUCUUAUAAAAUAAGAAUUAAAACACCGACGUGUUAAUUGUUCUACGUUAUAAUUUCAACUAAAUUGCACAGUACAAUGCUUGACACUUGUAAUUUAGAAACUUAAUUGACUGUGCCAACUAUUAUGAUAAACAAAAGUUCAGAUUGUUCUGAACAUACUCCCGGCCAAGACAUUGAAAAAUCGUCUUCAAAUAAAACUAACACAAAAAAUUCAAA